AUGAACACUGCCAUGCCCACGCGGAAAGUCAAAAGAAGCGAGCGUCGCCGGUGCGCAAAGGCCUGUGACAACUGCAAACGCCGCAAGGAACGCUGUGAUGGCUGCCACCCGUGCGGACGCUGUCGCAGUCGCCAUGUCUCCGAUGACUGCACAUUCACUUCUUCGCCGCGGCUUUCAAGCAUCAACCCGAUCAUCAGCAGACCGGAGGCUCUUCCCGAAGGCCAUGACAUCCCCGCUCAGGACAAUUUGUCUGGUUUGGGGUGGACAGCCAGCCACGAGGAGCCUUCUGCUGCAGCCCACUCAAGUAGCAGUCCUCUUUUGCACGGCUUCAACGGCCUCGACAUCACCCACAUCCCACAGGUAUCAAGGCUGAUCCAAGAUGACCAUGGAAAAGUCAUGUUCAUCGGUGAUUCCGCCAAUCUUGCCUUCCUACAAAUCAUCCGUCGCUUGGUCCGCGAGUCCCUAGGGCCCUGCCAAUUUGCAGAGGAUCCAUUGGGCCACCUCUUGAUUGAGACGACACCCCCCAACCAGUCAGACUGGAUCCUAGAGAUGGUGAGCCGGCCACCAACCACACCUGAGCCAGCCGACGCCCAGUAUCUCAUCACCUGGUAUUUACGCGCCACCAACUGUUUGCUCAAUCUAUAUGACGAACGGGAACUGUACCAAGUCUGGUCUCGAUGGAUACAAGCCAUAGAUGACGGACGGGAGCCAAAGGCAGUGAGCGCCAUCUUAUUCCUCAUAUUCGCCAUCGGAGCCCAGGCCUGUCCAGACGAUCGAGACGACGAUGCCGAGCGAUACUUCAACUACGGGCGAUUCUUGACUAUCUCGGGCAUCAUGGAAGAACCAGGUCUCUCGACUGUUCGGGCCAAUAUCCUCAUAACCAUGUACCUUCUGGCGGCCUCGCGGAGGAACGCAGCUUUUAUGUACUUGGGGACUGCGGUGCGUGCUGCUUACGCACUGGGUAUCCAUCGACGUGACAUCAACGCCCUUUUCGACCUGGCCGAUUAUACGGCACGCGAGAGGCUUUGGAAAGCCUUACGCACACUUGACUUGUUCAUGAGUGCGUCUCUUGGUCGCCCGCCCUCGACGCACGAGACACGAGAUACGUCUGCCAAGGCCAACUACUCUGCCAGCAAUGACCUAUGCGCCAUCUUCGAGGAGAUUCUCACCGAUGUAUACUCGAAGCGCAUGGUCUCUACGGAUAUCCUAGAGAGGAUAACCGAACACCACCGGCAAUGGACCAACAAAUUUCUUACAGGCUUGGCGGUUGAUGAUAUCCAACCGACUCAAUUUAUCGAGGUGGACGGAGGGAAGACGAUUCCCAACAUUGGCCUCUUUCACCUAAAAGAGGCUUACUACUGGACGAUAAUGCUCCUCGUGGCUGCAGACGAUCCACUCGAAGCUGAGAAUGGAGUAGCCGACUCUUCCUCCGACUUGGUUGUGACCCGCGCCUGCGUUGACUCCGCCAUCCGCACCGUAGACCUUCUUCGAGUGCUCCAGACGAGUGAGGAAGUUCCAAAACGGUUGCCAGUUGUGGUCAACUCGCUGUUCAUGGCAGCCUUGGUUAUUGGGUUAGCGCAGCUCGGCGACAUGAGCCGCCUGUUCCCCCUUGAGAAGAGCCUAUCAUGCGCAAGGGCAUUGCUCGCCAUUUUCGGCCGCCAUGAUGCUGUGGCGAGCAGGAACUUGGCCAUCGUCGAUAAUCUCCAGACAGCAUGCAGCCUGUAUCUCGAGAAGAUGGAAUCUCGCAGGAUGGAACGGCAGAGCAUCCUCGUUGGAGGGCUUUUCGGUGUUGUCCAUGAUGAUACAAAGACGGACUGCCCCGUCGCGGUAGAAAGGGAGGAGGCCCACGAGGAGCAGCAGGACUGUACCAGGCUACCCGAACUGGACCAUGCGUCCUUCAUAAACCCGGUAGGGUUGCCUAGUUGCAGUAACGGCAACUCUCUAUCGUCCAUCGGCUCCGGAACCGAGCCGAUGAUUGGCUUGAGCACCGAUCUCCAAGGCAUGGAUGAUCUGAUACUGCCCAUGUACCCGAGGACACUGAUGUUUGAGACAUUCGAUAAAGAUAUUCCUCUCUUCCCCACCGUAGAUGCGAGACACCCUGCAUGGGAUUUAGGGCAGGAAAAUGAAGGAGAACUUCUUAUUUAA